GUAACCAUUCGCUUCUUCCAGCCAAAUUAUGACAGAGCAGCUUGUCAGAAAAUAUUCGUAGAUGGAAGCAACGAGAGUGCAAAGGAUACCUUUUUGCUUUUUCUGUCAAGAGUGACAUGGUAUUUUGCUGUAGGAGCUGUUCCCGCCUCAUUCACAGCAAUCAUAUGGUCACCGUGGAUUUUAGCAGUAUAUUUUCUGCUUGCGUUUUUAUUUUUCGUAUGCCCCAUCAUUUACUGGUUUAGCGUUUACAAAAGCUGGCAGAAAUCCAGGUUAAAUACAAAGUUUAGUUUGUCUGACGGAGGGCAAAUCUGGAUUGCAGAGUUAAAUAGUAAAGUUGUGGGGAUGGUGAGACUCACUCCUAAGCCGGAUCCAGGAGUUUCUGAAUUACACAUGAUGUAUGUCGUUCCGCACUGUAGAAAAAUAGGGAUUGGUAAAAAACUACUUACUGAACUUACUGCAUAUGCAAAGAGGAAAGAAAUGGAGAAGAUUGUGUUACAUACGUCAAGCCCAGCGACUUCUGCAAUCAGACUCUAUGAAAACCAUGGUUUUAAA